UUCUCACUAAUGCUUUUGUGUAUGUGUGUGUGUGGAGAGUGUUUCUGGUUAGUCUUUGUCUCCUGCCUCCUGUUAGAAAAGUGCAAAGAACAACAGCGUGAUGCCUUGUUUGCCUUUAUUGACCAAAGGUUUUUCAUAAUAUUAGCUGGAAUGUCCUGCAGAGGUCUGGAUGCCCUCCUAAGCUUCUUGCCAUGCUCCGCCAGUUCCAUGAUGGCAUGCAAGCACGUGUUGCAUUGGGUGGUGGCCAGUCUGACUACUUCAACGUUGAAGUCAGUGUUAAACAAGGCUGCAUCUUGGGCCCUGUCCUCUUCAAUGUGUUCCUUGUGGCUGUGACCUUACUAUCUCGCUACGACCUCAAAAAUGGUUCGAUUCAAGACAACCAGCUAAGGAACACUGAGAAAUUCACCUAUUUGGGUAGCAUUAUCUCAAGCAAUGGGGUCAUUGGCCAUGAAAUUCAGAAUCGCAUCCACCUUGCCUCCUCCGCUUUUGGACGUCUCAAGGAUGGGGUCUUGCUUAAUCGUGUUCUGAAUCUCUCCACCCAAAUCGAGGUUUAUCGUGCGGUUGUGCUUUCCAUGCUUCUGUUUGCCUCAGAAACCUGGACAUGUCAAACUCCUCGAAUCCUUUCAUAUUCGCUGUCUCCAGUGCAUUCUUCAUCUGACCUGGAAAGACAAGAUCCCACAUACAGAGAUCCUGGGAUGAGCGAAAUUGACCAGCAUCGAAUGUAUGAUCCUCAAACGUCAAAUGUGCUUGGUGGGGCAUGUUAUCAGGAUGCUGGAAAACCGUAUACCCAAGAUUGUCCUUUUUGGGGAGUUAGCAGAGGGUAACAGACCACACGGAGGUCCAAAGAAGUAAUAUAAAGAUCAUCUCAAGAAAUCCCUGACGCUCUGCGACAUCCCCCCUGUUGAACUUGAAACACUGGCCACUGACCGUACUACCCGGAGGAGUUAGGGUCCAAACUGGUACGCAGCAUUUUGAGGGUGAGCAGACUAGACUUCGAAGAAAAGUGGAGACAGCUCAAGGAACAUCUGCAAAAUCCUAGACAAGCUCAUCUUCGUCAGAGUCCUCUUCACUGCUUUCAGUGUAAUCGGACAUGUGUCUAUAGAAUCUGCCUUUUCAGCCACAAGAGGGCCUGUCAACGCCAUUAAGACAACCCCUAAAGAUCAAAGACAACAUCGUCAGCUGUCAAGAUGGGCUGUCUUAAGCGAGCAAGCAUGUGUGUGUGUGUGUAUAUAUAUAUUUAUCAUUUUUUAAGAAAAACAUAAAUUCCAAGAAGCCCACUCAAAGAAGUAGAUCAGUCUAUAUUAAUUACUGGUGAAUAUUACAGGGUAAGGAUAAAUGGGUUUUGAGUGAGGAGGAGAGACAAGGGCUAGAAAGAAAUGAGGUGACCAUGCUGCAGCAGAUGUCCGAUGUUAGUGCCAAGGCAAAAUGAAAAGCGAAUGAACUGAAAGGAAAACUGGUUAUGAGAGAAAAUCAGUUUAAUGUGUACGAGAGGAGGCUGUGAUUAUGUGGACUUGUGAGGUGAAAACCAUGAGGAAGGAAGAACCUGAAGAAAUACUCAUGAAGAACUGAACCUCAUGAAUGAUGUGACAGCAGAACAAAGCAUGAAAAUGAGGUGUGAGGCAGGGGGAGAUUCGAGUAUCGCUUCUUGACCGUCCUUCCAGGUUUGGAACAUCCUUCUAAUACUUUGAUUAAUUUAGUUACAAGAACUACAUUGCCAGUACAUUGGGGUCUGCUAUAGACAGCCAUUAUCCAACUCUUCUGUUAUGGUUUGAGGAACUGUUAUAAACAAUGGGGAAUUGGAAACUGAACCCUGAAGGACACCAAU